AUGGCCACAUCGUUGCACAGCUACCCGCGGUCACCCAACUCGUCCACACGCUCGUUUGACUCCUCGUCUGUCGCCUCGCCGUCCGCCACCUCGCCGCGGCUGCUACCCGCCUUGCACGGACGAUUCAACACGAGUGGCACUGGCACUGGCACCGGCAGCGGUAGCAGCAGCAUCCCAAGCACAAGGUCAGGAUCGCUGGCCUUGUCCGACGGGCGCCCGCCGACGCGAGGACUGGGCUUCACGGGCACACGACCACCACCAGCCUUUGCAACCAUCUGGUCGGGACUACCUGGAGCAACUGCAACGCAACAAGGUGUCGGCGUCCUACCUGGCGGCGUCGCCAGCCGUCUGCCCGCCUUGCACGAGCGCGAUCGCAGCCACAGCGACCAACACGACCACCAGCAGCCGCGGCCGCACGACACGCCCUACGGCUACCGGCACAGCCACGACCACCAUCAGAGUCACCUGUUGUACGGCCACGAGGCGCACGAGCAGCACACGUACGACCAGCACACGUACGAGCACAAGCACCACCAUCACCACCAUCACCACCCAAACACCAACCCGCCACGGCCAAACGCCUUCUCGCACUCGCACUCCCAUUCCCACGCGCACACCCACCCCUACUCGUAUUCCAGCAUGGGCCGCGGCGACUCGCUGCCGCCGACCGACUCCCUGGCCAGCACGCCGGGGCCGGGCUACAUUGCCUUGCCGCCGCUGCACCAUGGCGGCGGCGGUGGCGGGGGAGGCCGUGGAGGCAGCGCAACAACCACAGCAGCAGCACCCCCACCACCGCCAUCAGGAUCGACAUCCAUUGGCGGUCCUCAACAUCCUCUACCACCGUCAGUACCUUAUAAUAGCAGCUUAGCGGCCGCCCACCACCACCAACAACAACAGCAUCAUCAACAACAACAUCAACAUCAGCAACAGCAUGCAGCCAAGCGCGCGUACCGCCAGCGCCGCAAAGACCCCAGCUGCGACGCCUGCCGCGAACGCAAAGUCAAGUGCGACGCCACCGAAACGACCAGCUGCUCCGAGUGCUCCAACCGCCAGGUCAAGUGCCAGUUCACCAAGGAGACCAACCGCCGCAUGUCGUCCAUCAAGCAGAUGCAAGACAUGGAGCGCCAGCUGGACCGGCUGCGGCGCGAGAACGGCGGGCUGCGGCGCAUUUUGCAGGAAAGCCGGGCGCAGGGCGGUGCCAGUGGUGGUGCCGUCGCCAGUGGAAGUGGGUCUGUGUCUGUGGCCGGGUCCGGGUCCGGAAGUGGGCCGACGCCGAAACGGGAAGGAACGGACGGCCCGAUCCGGACGGACCUAGAUUCGGACACACCCAUGGCCGACCACAGCGCCAUGGAGGACGACGACUACUACGAACACCAGCCGCGCCAGCUUUCGCACAUGCCGCACCUCCAGCAUCCAGCGCACAGCAGCAGUCAAAUCCUCCCCUUGCUGCCGAUCCCGGACAUCGGUUCGAAUCCACCACGGCGGCAUCGGUGGACACCGCGGCUCUUGCCGUUUUCGGCUUCGACAAGACAACCACCAUCCGCCUAUCCCUAUCCGUCCUCGACGUUUGCUGGCAGCAGCAGUGGCGGCAGCGCACCACAGCCGCUCUUUGACCUCGGACGGGCGCGCGCCAACGUGCGCAUGUUUGCGCGCGGCCUCUGGGCGCCACCGGCGACUGCGCUGACACACGCAUCACAGACGCAAGCGUCUCUCACGACGACGACGACGAGCAAUCUUCCUGAACUGCCUCCGCGCGACAUUGUCGACAACCUACUGCACGCCUACUAUGCCUCGAUCCAUACCAUGCUGCCCAUGGUCCAUUGGCCGACGUUCCAGCGGCAGGUGGACGAGCUGUACCGGACGGGCCCCGGCCCCGAAACGCCGCCCUCGUUUGUCGCCCUUUUCUUUGCUGUGCUAGCGGUCGGCGGUUUGUUUAGCACGUACUUUGUCGCCGCGCCCACGCCGUCAUUUACCGCCGUCCACCUCGCCGAGGCCGCGCGUACUCUGAUCGAUCCGUGGACGAUGACCGCGUCGGUGACGCCGACAUUGGACGAUGUCCGCACGCUGCUCCUGCUCGCCAUCUUCCUCAACGAGUCCAACCUCAAGUCGGCCGCUUGGACGUGGCUGUCGAGCGCUGUGCGCAUCGCCCAGGCCAUGGGGCUGUAUGUGGCGCCGGCCGACGGCAGCGUCGAGGGCCUGGAGUCCGAAACACGCAGCCGUGUCUGGUGGUCCCUGUACGUCGUGGACCGUACGAUGGCGCUCGACGCAGGCAACCGCCCCGCGCUCAUCCAGGACGACGACUGCGACGUUGCUCUGCCGACAGACGACGGUACGGGCGACCCGUCGACGCAUCCGCAGACCAUGCUGGCGGUCUUGGAUGUCGUGCGCGCUUACACGGCCCUGGGACGACUGCUCACCGCCGCUUCGUCGUCCGUGUCUCCUGUUGCCGGAAACGACGGCAGCGGCCUGCCCCCCUCGUCGCCUCUCUCGACACCCUCGCCGUCUUCGUCCUUUGCCGUUCCAGGUGCAGGAGCAGCGUCCGCCGGUUCUGACGCACAGAUCCCCGCAACCCAUUUGGCCACCUUCGACCAGCACUUUGCUGCCUGUCUGCGCGUGUUCCCGGCCGUCUGCGACCCGGCCGUCAGCCACUAUGCGGACGUACAGCCGCCGCUCUCUCUGCAGCUGCUCAACCCACUUGCAUACCUGCUUCAUGCUCGCCUCGUCCUCCAUCGCUACAAUUUGGCGCCGUACGCUGGGGAUCCUGCCAGCCACCACCAUGCGCAGCACCCACAACACAAUCAAGCUUACAAUCAAACUCAGAAUCAAAUUCAAAAUCAAAAUCAAAAUCGACAUCAACAAGCUCGUCUCACGGCCGUGGAACAGUGCACCCACACGGCGCUCGAGACGGCCACGCUCCUCCGCCGCUCGGGUCUCGCGGUGGACGGCAACCCAAGUCCGCCAAACGAACAGGCCGUGGCAUGGGCCGCCAGCGCCACGUCUCUCUUGACAAUGCAUCUCCUCCGCUGCACUCUCUUCCUGCUGCUGACGGGCCACACCGACGCCGCCGCCUUGCUGGUGCGCGCGCUGUCUGCCAUUGCCGUCGUGCACCGCGACGUGGCUGCACCCUGCGGCCGUUUUUUGGCCUUUUUCACGUCGUGCCUGGCGUUUAAGCGCGCCGAGUACACGGCGUAUCUGGCACGGACAGCGCCGCCGACGCCGCACACGCCGCACACGCCGCAAACACUGCAAGGCCCACCAUCGGCGCGCCAGCAAACCGUACCGCCGGCCGCUGCACCGCAGUCCUUGUACGACGUUCUGGUCCGUGACGAAGAGCUGCUCGUGUACGUGAGCGCCGACCUGCAGUCGUCGCCCGAACGUGCGUGGGUGUGGGACAGCGAGGCGGGACCGGGACCAGCACCAGCACCGACACAAUCCGCUCCGAGCGACUUGCCCACCGACGCGCCGCCCUCGUCUGCCAAUGCCUUGUCCCGCCCCGAUGUGCGGAUGGGCCUCUCGGACGAAGAGAGUCGCGACUGGGGCGGCUGGGACCGGCUCGAAAACCGCGUGCGCAGCCUGGCCUCGCUCGUCGGGCAAGGUUCCUCUUCCGCUUCCGCUUCCGCUUCCGCUUCAGCCUCGGCCUCGGCCUCGGCCUCGGCGCCAGCGUCAGCUUCAGCGUCCGGUCCACUGGCAGCCACGGUGACGGCAAAUGCAAUGGCCGCUGGACCGCCACCGCCCACAUCCUACUCGACGACCUCGACUACCACCGGCACCACAAGCCCUGUUGCCCACUAUACGCACCAGCCCGUGUCGGCCCUUUCGUCGAUGCCGUCCAUGGCCGCCAUGCCGCCCAUGCCCACGUCCAUGUCCAUGUCCGCGUCAGCCUCGUCCGCAGCGACAUCGCCACACCCUUCGACCCUGCCGCCCCUGCAGCCCGGGCCACGGCCGCAGCUUCCACUACCAGCACAGCAGCACCAACAGCAGCCUGGCUUCGCCAUGUCCGACGCGCCGGGCGGGUCGGCAGCUGCAUCGCGCCGCGUGGACAGUCCUGUGCCUGCAGCGAGUGGAAGUGGCGGCAAGUCCAAGAACCAGGACCGCAUCAGCAUCGCCAACAUCAUAUAG